AUGUUUCCAGUCAUGAUCAUGGCAGGAAAUAAUGCGUCUUCUUCUUUGAUCUUCAAGCUCGUCGUUCUAAACCUUGUUUGUUGUCUGCUCGCUUCUAGCUUUGGUAACGAUGGCCGAAAGGUUUAUAUUGUGUACAUGGGAAACAAGCGGGAGGAUACGGCUUCAACUCCAUCACAUCAUAUGAGAAUGUUGGAAGAAACGAUUGGAAGCACGUUCGCUCCCGAAGCUUUGCUCCAUAGCUACAAGAGAAGUUUCAAUGGAUUCGUGGUUAGGCUCACUGAAGAAGAAGCUCAAAAGAUUUCUGCUAAGGAGGGUGUUGUCUCUGUGUUUCCAAACGAAAAGAAGUAUCCUCAUACGACAAGAUCGUGGGAUUUCAUGGGUUUUACUACAAAUGUUCCUCGUGUAAAACAAGUUGAAAGCGACAUCGUAGUGGGAGUUUUGGACACAGGAAUCUGGCCGGAGUCUCCGAGCUUUAGUGACGUAGGCUAUGGCCCUCCACCGGCUAAAUGGAAGGGCGCUUGCCAAGCCUCUACCAACUUCCGUUGCAACAAAAAAAUCAUCGGAGCUCGAGCAUACCGUAGUGACAACAAUUUUCCUCCCGAAGACUUCAAAAGUCCAAGAGAUUCAGGAGGCCACGGGACACACACGGCAUCGACUGUGGCCGGUGGUCUCGUGAGCCAGGCAAGUUUAUUCGGUCUUGCGCUUGGCACAGCUAGAGGAGGGGUUCCUUCCGCGCGCAUUGCUGUGUACAAGAUAUGUUGGUCUGAUGGGUGCUACGAUGCCGAUAUUCUUGCUGCAUUCGACGACGCAAUUGCCGAUGGUGUCGAUAUCAUAUCUCUUUCAGUUGGGGGGAACGAACCCAAGUUUUACUUCAACGAUUCAAUUGCCAUUGGAGCUUUCCAUUCCAUGAAGAAUGGAAUAUUGACCUCCAACUCCGCUGGGAAUGAUGGCCCUGACUUCCUCACCAUCAGAAAUUUCUCUCCAUGGUCUCUUUCUGUGGCUGCAAGCUCCAUCGACAGAAAGUUGGUAUCAAAAGUGCAGCUUGGCAACAAUAAUAUCUUUCAGGGAUUUACGAUUAACACGUUUGAUCUUCAACAAAAACAAUUUCCCCUAAUUUAUGCCGGGAAUGCACCCAAUAUCUCGGGAGGCUUCACUGGUGCUACCUCCAGAUUUUGUUCGAGGAACUCAGUCGAUCGCAACUUGGUGAAAGGAAAAAUCCUUGUUUGCGAUUCCAUAGUAUCUCCUUCAACAUUUGCAUCCUUCAGUAGCGCAGUUGGUGUUGUUAUGAAUGAUGCUGGCGUGAAAGAUAAUGUGAGAUCCUAUCCCUUGCCUUCUUCCUACUUGGGCACAGUGGCCGGUAACAACAUCAAAACCUACAUGGGAUCAAACAACUUUCCGACUGCAACGAUUUUCAAGAGCAAUGCAGUGAACGAUACAUCUGCUCCUAUAGUCGUUUCCUUCUCCUCAAGAGGACCCAAUCCUGAAACCUUGGACAUUCUCAAGCCUGAUUUGACUGCUCCUGGAGUUGAAAUUCUCGCUGCAUGGCCUCCCGAUGCACCGGUCUCCAGCGGAAUCAGAGAUUCGAGGUCGACGCUCUAUAAUAUAAUCUCGGGGACGUCGAUGUCUUGCCCACAUGCCACCGCAGCUGCAGUGUACGUAAAAACAUUCCAUCCCACCUGGUCUCCCGCUGCCAUUAAGUCAGCUCUUAUGACAACCGCUAUGCCCUUGAACGUGGAACUCAAUCCACAAGCAGAGUUCGCAUAUGGUGCUGGCCACAUCGACCCACUAAAGGCAACAAAUCCAGGGUUGGUCUACGAUGCCAAUGAGACCGACUACGUGAACUUCUUGUGUGGCCAGGGCUACUCCACCGCCAUGGUACGGCGUCUGACCGGCGACGGCAGUGUUUGUACCGCCGCCAACUCCGGCAGAGUUUGGGAUCUAAACUAUCCCUCCUUUGCACUGUCCACCACUCCUUCAGAAUCCAUCAACCAAUUCUUCACAAGAACACUCACAAACGUGGACACGGAAGCCUCCACAUAUACAUCUAAGAUCCUUGGCGCCCCAGAAGGGCUCACAAUCACAGUGGACCCGCCGGCUCUGUCAUUCAAUGGCAUUGGAGACAAGAAAUCAUUCACGUUAACCAUUGAUGGAACCAUCAUCCAAUCCAUAGUGUCUGCUUCUGUGGUGUGGAGCGAUGGCUCUCACAACGUGAGAAGUCCUAUUACAAUAUAUAUUGUCAACAAAGCUUAA